AUGGGUGUGGAAGCAGCAACACCGUCGUCAUUCAACGAUUUUCGACCUUUCAAUGGCUUCAACACACCGAUGGUCAAGCAGUAUGCACGAAAUGUGACCAUUUGUGAUACCAGAAAUGUCGCUUUCAACGUAUAUUCCGCCAACAAGCAAAAUUUCGCCGCAAAAACCAGAGCUGUUAAUCAGGUGUUAUCUUCAAUCACUGUUGGACUUCUCAGCAGUAAUUUCUAG